UUUGAAAAUCAGUCAUUAUAGACGAGAUAUCACCGUUCUUGUUUUGUAGCGUUUUCGUUAAAAUUUUCAUCAAAUGGCUUCAAAAAUUUCCUUGACUCUCCCAAGUGGUCAAAAAAUGCCGGCCCUUGGAAUCGGGACUCUCGAAACCAAUAGCGAAGAAGAAGUAGAAGCGGCAAUAAAUGUGGCUUUGGAACUGGGUUAUCGUCACAUCGACACGGCUUUCGUUUACCAAAAUGAAAAACCUAUUGGUAAAGUUAUCAACCAGUGGAUAUCAUCCGGCAAGCUCAAGAGGGAGGACUUGUUUAUCACCACCAAGUUACCGUUGGUAGGAGUUCACCCAGAUCGAGUAGAGAUGUUUAUGAAGAAGUCUUUAGAAAAUCUACAACUCGAUUACGUUGACUUGUACUUAAUUCAUUUUCCUGUGGGCUUCAAGUAUCAAGAAGACGGCCCUCAUAUGUUUGUUAUAGAAAACGGAGCACCUGUAACAGAACCGAAGACAGACCAUGCGGCUAUUUGGAAGAAAAUGGAAGAACAGGUAGAUGCAGGUCGCGCCAAAAGUAUAGGUCUAUCGAACUACACUGUCUCCCAAAUUGCAACUGUUCUGAAAUCCGCGAGAAUAAAACCCGCUAACCUCCAAGUGGAAGUACACGUUUAUUUGCAGCAACGUAAGUUGCUUGAAUUUUGUAAGAAAAAUGGGAUCACCGUUGUCGCUCACACCCCUUUGGCAAACCCCAAUUUCAACAAAUUUUUGGAGAAAAUGGGUAGCAAACCUAAAAAACUGCCGGAUAUACUAAAUGAUCCAGUAGUCGGAAAAAUUGCCCAAAAACAUAAAAAAACUGCCGCGCAAGUGGCUCUAAGAUUUCUUUUGGAGAUAGGUGUUGCUGCUAUUCCCAAAAGUGUUACGCCCAAAAGAAUCGAAGAAAAUAUAAGUAUUUUUGAUUUCAAGUUAGACUGUAAAGACAUGAAGGCUUUGAAUAAAUUGGAAGUUGGAGAACCUGCGCGUAUCGCAGAUUUUAAAGCUAUUCGAGGAAUAGAGAACCAUCCAGAUUAUCCGAUGAAAUAA